ACACAUUUCUAUAUAGAGAGGAAAUAAAAGACGUGUUGCUUUUCAUUGAAAAUGUCCACCAUGUAGAGCAAUAGGAACGUUUGCCUCUGGGUAUUCAAUUCUUUAUCAUUUUGUGUAGAGUUAAGCUUGUAGUAGGCAGUUUUACGUGUCAGUAGUCCCAGCAGCUUCUCUCACGUGAGUGGAGUUGUGUGUAUUUUAUCAGGGUUUGCUCUUAAUGUUUCUCAUUCACUUGCCUGAUUUCACUGAAAAGCUGGAGCACUCCCUGCAAACAGGUGGUGUGUGCCUCCAUUAGAAAAACUAACGUGAGGGAGCUUAUUAUCCUUCUUCUUAAUGAAAAACAUAAUGAAGUGAACACAACUUGUGGGCAAUGUGCAAAAGGAAGCUCAGUUCCCAAAUUCUUCAGCGUGAAGAUGUGCAGGAGGACCCCAAGCAUCUGCAGUCUGCUUCUAAAUAGGGCACAGCCCAGAACAUCUGAAGGUCUCUGUGGCUCAUGGGUGGGAAUCUCCUAAUGAUCUUAGUUAUUUUUAUACGUGUCUGCUGCCACAUGCUGCUCUGCCCCAGCGCAGAGAACAGCUCUGUGAGCACCGAGCGAGCGCACGCAGCUGGGGAGGUGGGCACAGCCUGGGGAAGGAGAAAUUAAAAGACAGCAGCAACGCAAAGUCACGAUAUUCACAUCAAAUAGAGGCGCGGAACAGCCAGGAAAAGAAAAAGCAACUGAAGGUGUUAUAAAGGAGCGUACAAGCAAAGGAAUUUGGAUUUUCUCUUCUCUCACGGAACAAAAUGGGACAGCAGUUCACCAACGCUGAAGGGGAACAGACAGAGAUCGAUGUUGCUGAAUUGCAGGAAUGGUAUAAGAAAUUUGUGGUUGAAUGUCCCAGCGGAACCCUCUUCAUGCAUGAAUUCAAGAGGUUCUUCGGCGUCCAGGAUAACCACGAAGCAGCAGAGUACAUUGAAAACAUGUUCAGAGCUUUUGAUAAGAAUGGGGAUAACACCAUCGAUUUUCUGGAAUACGUGGCUGCCUUGAAUCUUGUUUUACGGGGAAAACUGGAGCACAAGCUGAGGUGGACGUUCAAAGUGUAUGACAAGGAUGGGAAUGGCUGCAUAGACAAACCUGAGCUGCUAGAAAUUGUUGAGUCCAUCUACAAGCUGAAGAAAGUGUGUCGAUCAGAGGUGGAGGAGAGGACCCCACUGCUCACACCAGAGGAGGUUGUGGACAGGAUAUUUCAGCUGGUGGAUGAGAAUGGGGAUGGGCAGCUGUCCCUGGAUGAGUUCAUCGAUGGGGCCAGGAAGGACAAGUGGGUGAUGAAGAUGUUGCAAAUGGAUGUAAACCCUGGGGGAUGGAUCUCAGAGCAAAGGCGGAAAAGUGCUUUGUUUUGAGGGAGCCCAGUUUUGAUAUGGCUGAAGAUGUGAUGCAGACUGUGGCUGUGGCUCUCUUACUCCAGGGCGUAGUGGCUUUCCUUGUCAAUACAAUCUCAGCAUCCAGAUGAAAACUGCAGUGGCUGAAGAAGCCAUAUCUCACUCUAAACCCAUGUGCUGCGAGGACUCCUGGGACCCAGGGACUAUUUCUGGCUGGUGAAUAAGUCUCUGUGUGUACACAAUGCCACUCUGGGUUUUGGUUACACCCCGAGGAGCAAACUUUCCAUGGUGAAGUGGAGCAGGACCUGGGCAGCAUCUGCUCCAGGCAGCAGAGCAGGGAAGUGAGAAGUCCUGAUGUGGCAGUGCCAUCUCUGUGCAGGGCAGCAUCAUUGAUAUCUGCAGAUAACAGAUGCUAACCCAGCAGCAAUAGGGGUGCUCUGAUGUCAGUCUGCACCAUCUGGAAUACUGUUAUGGUUCAAAAAGUGUAUGCAUGUUUAGUGGAUUAUACUACUAAUAAUGUAAAGUGAUUGAACACCAUUGUAUUGUAGAUGAUAAGGUUUAUAUUCAGUGUAAGCCAAAGCUGCACACAGCUGAGGAAAAGGCAGCACAUGGGCUGGGCAGGGGGAGCAGUCAGUGUGAGUGCCUCCCUCUGCAGAGCAGAUUCUGCUCCUUGCAUGUGGGACAAGGGCUGCAGGAAAAGCAGGAUGAGCUCAGGGUGUCACUGCCAUGAGGAGGUGACACUGCUCAGCUGGCAGGGCUGGAGAACAGGAGGGGACAGACAAAUCCACUGUAUUACUGAAGGGGUGCAGUGGUUUUACACUGGACUUCCACUGAGCCACUCUGCAGAGAGAAAAUUGGCACAGCCUGGAGGUUGAGCUCUGCUGUUCUUACAGCUGACCCGUAUACCUACAGACCUGUAUGAAAGAAUUUGAGUUGGCCUCAUUCUUUGGUUCACUUCCCUUGGAUUUAUUUUUCAAAGUAUUUUUUCUUUACAAGAAAAUAUUCACCUGCAAAAUAACCCGAGCUUUCCUGUUUUACUUUUCCCAUGGGAUCACUGAGCCAAGCCACAUCCAUGAAGAAGCUGGCAAUCUCUCUUUUGUUUUUGUGGGUUUUUUUGUGGCCUUUAAUCAUGACAGUAGUACCUUUCACCAGGUGACCACUUUGCUGGUUUGCAGUUUAGUCCACUUAACCAAUGUUUAAGUCCAGGAUUAGGAGGAAGUGUUUAGGGUAGGGCACAGUGCUGGAGACCAAAUGCACGUAGGUUUCCACUUUGAAACAGCCUUUCUGAGAGCUCUCUGUAAAUACACUCUCACUCAUGGCAUGCCUGCUUAUCAGAGCAGAUUAGACUCCUCGCUUGUGCUGCUGUAAGGAAGUGUUCAAGGCUCAUUCAAGUCAACAGUUUAUCCACCUGAAAGAAACAUCUCCCUUCCAGCUGAUAUGGAGACCUGGGGGACAAGAUUUGCUGAUUUUCAGCCUCUCGGACAAACGUUCUCAUGGCAGAAUACAAAUCAAACCCUCACAUUUCAGCAUCUCAGGCAAUGUGUCGCUCCAUUUCUGCUUCUCACAGUUCUUAACUCAAAUGGUUCUGUUGUUACUGUAGUUUCACAGCCGUGGUUUAACCAAAAUGCUGUGGGUUUUGGUGCCCUGCUUCCCAGUGGGGCAGGCAGCUGUGCAUCUCUGUGCACGCACUCCUGCAUUGGGGUGGUAGAGGGCAUCCUAACACCGAGCAGAUGGUGCCAGGAGUUUUGUAUCGUGCGUUUAAUAAAGGUUGGUUUAUUAAAAGUUGGUUUUUAGCAGUU